CGAAGACGGUACCGAAAAUAUCAUUUCUAUCGGUUGCUUGACCCUGCCGCUGACGCUUCUAAGCGGCCGAAACGGAAAGUUUGACCUAACCUCCGACCGAGGCAGCCGCUGGUGGAACUCUGUAACAACCACAAAUACGUGGUGUCCAGAACACUGGAGAGCUCAUCCCAACAGAUAGACUCUCGCAGGUUUGAAGUCUCUUUGCUAUCUCCCCCUCAUAAUGCUUAGAAAUACCACGAUUCGUCACGUGUCGUCUUAACUUUCAGGCCGCAACCGAGGGAGCGGAAAUAGUAUAUGAGCGCGCUUUGGUCUCGUCGAUUCUGGGGUUUGGAGGGGCUUGGAGUGGUGCGUCUAUGAAGCUAUGCUGUAUCCUUAUUUAUCAUCGUCGACGAAAAUAACAAUGGCUACAACUACCGUACAAGUCACGGAACCGAGGACUCUCUCUGUCUGUGGACAGCGGACUUUCCCGUCCAUCAUUGACGAGAGGGCCGCGUACGAGCCUAACCGGACGUGUUUUUCAACGCCAUACACGUCGGAGCCCCGAGAUGGGUGGAGAGUUGUCACCUACAGAGAUUUUGCGAAUGCUAUCAACUACAUUACGCACUUCCUCCUGGACACUUGCGGGGUCCCUGCUCCAAACACAUUUCCUACCGUUGCCUAUAUGGGUCCGAAUGAUGCCAGAUACUGUAUCAUGAUCGUCGCCUGCAUCAAGGCAGGAUACAAGGCCCUAUUCGUAUCUCCUAGAAACCCUCUCGAAGCGCAGCUGAACCUGUUCAAGCUAUCUGACUGCCGAUUGGUGGUGCGUCCGCCAUCACACCAGUCUGUCGUCGACUUCUGGGUAAAACACUGGGACAUGAAGCAAAUCGAGAUCGAGCCUUUGCACGACAUCCUUUCCAAGUCGCAAGUUCCAAACGUACCAUAUACAAAAACUGCGUCAGAGGCAGAAUGGGAUCCUUUCCUUGUCCUUCACACCAGCGGUAGCACAGGUCUUCCCAAGCCCAUUGUCACCAAGCAUGGCUCUAUCGCCUUGACGGAUGCGCAGCACGAGUUUCCGGAAUGGAAUGGUACAAUUCCUAUUGCACGGGCCAUGGAGUCGUUGGCAGAUACACAUUUUAGUCCCAUGCCAUUAUUCCAUGCUGGUGGCGUCUAUGGGUUUAUUGGGACUGCGGUUCUCAGCAACAAGCCCAUCAUUUUCCCGUUCCCUGACCGUCCGCUAACCCCUGAUCUUACGAUUGAGAUUCUCAAGGCUACAGGCGCAAAAAGUGCGGCACUACCUCCAUCUCUUCUGGAAGAGAUGGUCCACCGUCCCGAUCAAAUCGAGGUAUUGAAGCGGCUCAACUUUGUUGGUUUCGGAGGCGGUCCUCUCAACAAGGAAGCCGGUGACAUUCUCUACAGGAAUGGUGUUAAGUUGCUCAACAUCAUUGGUGCCACUGAACAGCAAGCUGAGACUGCUAGAACCCUACCGUUCUGCAUCUACCAUCAGAAGAAUACAGCGCUAUGGCAGUAUUUCAUCUACAACGAGGAGCUCUCUGGCGUCGAGUUCCGAAAGGCCACGUCCGACGAGGAUGUUUACGAGAUGGUGAUCACCAGGAAGUCGAAGCAAAUUCCGAUCCAAGGCAUCUUCUACACGUUCCCCGAUAGAGAGGAGUAUGCGACCAGCGACUUGUACAAACCUCACCCGACGCUGCCGCACCACUGGAAGUUCCACGGCCGAGCCGACAACAUCAUCAAUCUUUCCAAUGGAGAGAAGCUCAACCCCGUGAGAAUGGAAGACAUCAUUGCCGGGAACCCGGCGGUUAAGGCUGCUCUCAUCGUGGGAGCCCAGAAAUUCCAGCCCGCUCUGAUCGUGGAGCCGUUUGUGCAGCCCAAGACGAACGAUGAAAUUGAUGAGCUUAUCGACCGCAUCAUGCCGCAAGUUGCCGAGGCUAACGAGACCAUUGUGUCCAAUCCGGAGAAGCCGUUCCUCAUGGCAGACAAGGGCACCCUCAAGAGAUCGGCGACAAUCAAGCUUUAUGCCGAUGAGAUUGAGGAGCUCUACGCUAAUCCGAGAGAGGUGCCCUUGUCUAAGGUGCCGCGGCUCGAUCUGAGCUCCCAGGCUGCGCUCAGCAAGUCCAUUGAGAAGCUCCUCCGCGAGCAUCUCGGCGUCCCUCACUUGGAGUCCGACACUGAUUUCUUCGCGGCUGGCAUGGACUCGCUGCAAAUCAUUGCUGCUGCACGUUUCAUCACCGCUAGUCUGCGCGCUACCAAUAAGCACUACAGUGACACGACUAUUGAGGCUCGCGAUAUGUAUACUCACGUUAGUCCUCACCAGCUCGCUGGCCACAUCUUGCAAUCCGGCCAGGGCAAGGCCAAUGGCGGUGCUACUAGCGAGAGCGAGAAUCACCAAGCAAUGGAUAGGCUGUAUCAGAAGAUCCGACAAAACCUGGUCCAUGCCAAACCAGGGCGCCCUGAACCCGCGAAGGAGCAGCAGACUGUCAUUCUCACCGGAUCAACCGGAAACAUGGGAUGUUACUUGCUCGAUGAGUUGAUCCGCAACCCGCACGUCAAGAGAGUUAUCUGCUUCAACAGAUCAACCGACGGUGGUGCUGGAAAGCAGGCUAACGCCAUGAAGGAACGCGGGCUAGCCAGGCCAGAAGAGAGCGGCAAGGUCGAGUUCUUCCAUACUAAUCUGUCGCAACCCAACAUGGGAUUAUCGCAGGAAGUCUACUCGCGUCUACUAAAAGAGGCGGACCGUAUCGUUCACAAUGCUUGGGCAGUCAACUUCAACAUGCCUCUUGAUGCGUUUGAGCCACACAUCAAAGGAUGUCGCAACUUGGCCGACUUUUCUGCCACGGCGGAUAAGCGUGUCGUGCUGGUAUUCGUGUCAACGAUCGGUACCACCAGCAAGUGGGAUGCAAGCCACGGUCCCGUGCCGGAGAAAUCCCUGCGAGAAUACGGAAUCUCGGGUCUCGGGUACGGCCAGAGCAAGCUCAUUUCGAGCAUGGUACUUGAAGAUGCGGCCAAGGUCGGAGACUUCCCGCUGGCCAUCGUUCGUGUUGGUCAAAUUGCCGGGCCUCUUGCUGAUGAAGGCGCUUGGAGUCGCCAAGAGUGGCUGCCCUCCAUCAUCGCGAGUAGCCUUGUUCUCAAGGCGUUGCCAAGGCACCUAUCUGGCAUGAAUACGACCGCCUGGGUCCCGGUUGAGACGAUGUCGAGAAUGAUUCUGGAUAUUGGCGGUCUGACUGAGGAGUCGAAAGACUACCACGAAGGGUACUUCCACGGCAGCAACCCGUCCAUCACAACGUUUGACAAAUUGGUGCCUGCUAUUCAGCAGUACUACGGAAGAAAUCAGCUUCCUGACCUCAUCACCUUCAAGGAUUGGGUUGAAAGACUAGAGGCGAGCCGCAAGGCGCCUGGAGCACUUGGUGCCGACCGGAAUCCCGGCUUGAAGCUGGUGGACUUCUAUCGAGGCGCUGCUGCUGCGGGAGAGAAUAUACCGAACUCGAGGACGCACGAGACUACAAGAACGGUGGCUUGCAGUCCUGCGCUGCGCUCGGUUGGACCUGUAACGCCGGAGUUGAUGGCUCAUUGGUGCGGACAGUGGAAGUUUGAGAGCCCCUCAGCUCGUGUCGGUCGUUUGUAGAUGUCUAGAUCUUGGAUUAGAGCGUACUUUUUACAAAUUGAGAGUCUGUUGCAAAGCC